AUGGGAGAAGAGAAGCCGAAAUCAACUGGAGCUUGGACAACGGUGAAGCCGUUCGUCAAUGGCGGUGCCUCCGGUAUGCUUGCUACCUGUGUUAUACAGCCCAUUGAUAUGAUUAAGGUGAGAAUACAGCUUGGCCAGGGUUCGGCUGCUGAGGUGACCAAAAACAUGCUAAAAAAUGAAGGUGUAGGUGCUUUUUACAAGGGUUUGUCUGCUGGGCUUCUUAGACAGGCUACAUAUACGACAGCACGUCUUGGAUCAUUCAAAAUUUUGACGGCCAAGGCAGUGGAGGCGAAUGAUGGGAAGCCGUUACCUCUUUAUCAGAAGGCGUUGUGUGGGCUGACGGCAGGUGCGAUUGGGGCAUCCGUUGGCAGCCCUGCUGAUCUAGCACUCAUACGCAUGCAAGCCGAUGCGACUUUACCAGCUGCCCAAAGGCGGAAUUACACGAACGCAUUCCAUGCGCUUUACCGUAUCGUAGCUGAUGAAGGUGUCCUUGCUCUGUGGAAAGGUGCGGGCCCCACAGUUGUGAGGGCAAUGGCGCUUAACAUGGGCAUGCUUGCUUCCUAUGACCAGAGUGUCGAGUUCUUCAAGGACUCUCUUGGUUUUGGUGAGGCUGCCACAGUGCUAGGGGCUAGUUCUGUAUCGGGAUUCUUUGCGUCAGCUUGUAGCUUGCCAUUUGAUUAUGUGAAGACCCAAAUACAGAAAAUGCAGCCAGAUGCCGAAGGGAAAUAUCCAUACACUGGUUCUCUUGAUUGUGCCAUGAAGACACUCAAGUCGGGUGGGCCCUUCAAAUUCUAUACAGGAUUUCCUGUGUAUUGUGUUCGAAUCGCGCCUCAUGUCAUGAUGACAUGGAUAUUCCUGAACCAAAUCCAGAAGUUGGAGAAAUCUGCUGGAUUGUAA